AUGCUUCUUCAAGAACUCUGGCUCCACAAGAUCAACUGGGAUGAACCGUUACCAUCUCAAGUUGUCUCACGGUGGCUCAACAUCAGAAAAGAUCUCACAAGCCUGGCCAGGCUCUCAAUUCCACGCUGGUUCAACAUAAGCAGUGGCUCAACGGUUGAAUUACAUGGCUUUUCUGAUGCAUCUCAAUUUGCCAUGGCUGCAGUCGUAUACAUGGUCGUGCACACGCCGUCCAAGGGCGCCAAAACUUCUCUCAUAUGCUCAAGAACAAAGGUAACUCCAUUGAAGAGGCUCACUAUCCCAAGGCUAGAACUCACAGCAGCGCUGCUUCUUUCAAAAUUGGUGAAAUAUGUCCAUGCCACACUCAAGGUGGACAUCAAGGAAACAUAUUUAUGGACGGACUCUCAAGUGACGCUCACAUGGAUCAAAACACACUCAUCUCGAUGGAAGGAUUAUGUGCGCAACAGGGUAUCACAAAUCCAAGAACUCACGACACAUGCUCAUUGGAAAUUUGUUCCAGGUACAAUCAAUCCAGCUGACUGUGCAUCUCGUGGUGUAACAACAGCUCAACUUGAAGAUCAUACCUUGUGGUGGGCAGGACCACCAUGGUUGGCUCAACCGAAAGAUCGCUGGCCCGCUCAGCCAACGUGCUCGGACGAGCAGUGUACAACAGAAUCGCGCCCAGGAGUGUCACUCUUCACAACUAACAUAAAGGUGGAUUACGACUGGGAUCUCAUCUACAAGUAUUCAUCGCUCAAUCGACUGCUCAGAAUCACAGCUCUCUGUCAGGUAUUUAUUCGACGAUUGAGAAAUCGACACGAUGGCCCUCAAGCCUCACACAUCUCAGUCGCUGACUUAGAGCAAGCUAAAAUCUUCUGGAUCAAGGUUACACAAUCAACAUUUUUUGCAUAUGAGCUGAAGAUGCUCAGCUCACAAUCACGUCUAGCAACUUCUCAUCCAUUCAGUCGUCUCACAGCAUUUAUUGAUCAUCAAGGAGUUGCUCGUGUGGGAGGACGACUCAAGAAUUCCACCCUCAAUUAUGAAGGCAAACACCCUGCAAUACUCCCUCGCCAUUCGAGAUUGUCUGAAUUAAUCAUCAGCUGGUCCCACCAACGGACACUACAUGGAGGAACGCAACUCACCUUGGCGCAUAUCAGGCAAUCAUAUUGGAUCAUCGGUGGACGUGCGCCA